AAGUCAAGCAGAAGCAACAAAGAUGAGGAUGAGCUGUAAUGGAUGUCGAGUUCUCCGCAAAGGUUGCAGCGAGAACUGCAGCAUCAGACCUUGUUUGCAAUGGAUCAAAAACCCAGAAUCCCAAGCACAUGCCACUGUCUUCCUUGCCAAGUUCUAUGGCCGUGCUGGGCUCAUGAAUCUCAUUAAUGCCGGACCUGAACAUCUCCGUCCUGCGAUAUUCAGGUCUCUUCUGUACGAAGCUUGUGGGAGAAUAGUGAAUCCAAUCUAUGGUUCAGUUGGGUUGCUCUGGUCUGGAAGCUGGCAACUCUGUCAAUCCGCCGUUGAAGCGGUUCUGAAAGGUGCUCCGGUGGUUCAAAUCUCGUCUGAAGCAGCGGUAAACCCAUGCCCUCCCUUGAAAGCUUCCGACAUACGGCAUGUCUCUAAGGAUGAGAACUCUGCUGCUUCUCAAGAGCUUCACAAGGUCAAGUCCCGGAACCGGUUCAAGCGUUCUGUCGUCAAGCCCAAAUCCAAAACCGGUUUAACCGCUAAGUUUAUCUCCGAAUCGGCUGAAGAUGGUUUGACUAGCCAUGAUCACGAGUCGUCUGGGAGCCAUCAGACGGAGUUGAAUGGCGAAGGAGACGGAGACAGUAGAGAGAGCGAGAGCAUGUUCUCGGUUGAGACGGUGGAGCCGUCGCUCCUGAGCCGAGCGGUUAAAUCCACCGAUGAGAGCGAGGCGGCGUUGGAACUCACCUUGGGCUUCGAGCCAGUUCAUCGCACUGGUACCAACGUAGUGGGCCCGAAUAAGGGACGUGGCAAUAGCAAUGGUCAGAGUGAUGACACAUGUUCGAUGGAGCUGAGCCUUAAUUAUCCUGCAUGAG